AUGUCGCCAGACACGCUCUCCUUGACUGGCAAAGUAGCCAUCAUUACCGGAUCAGGCAAAGAAAACGGUAUCGGUGCAGGCAUUGCUUCCACCCUGGCGCGCAACGGUGCCUCGGUAGUUAUCAAUUACGUCUCCGACACAUCUGCGGCCCGCGCUGCUGAGGUGGCUCAGAAGAUUGAAAAUGCUGGAGGCAGGGCCACGGUUGUGCAGGCGGACGUGUCGACCCAAGAGGGUGCCAAAAAACUCGUCGAGGCAUCGCUCAAGGCUUUCCAGUCGGGCAAAGUCGACAUCCUGGUGAACAAUGCAGGUGGAGGCCCUCUCGUCAAAGUCCUGGAAGCGACAAAAGAGGAAGUGGAAAAGACGUUUGCAAUCAACACCUUCGCCUCGCUGUAUAUGACGCAAGCGGUGGUUCCCGUCAUGCCUCGAGGGGGUCGCAUCAUCAACAUUGGCUCCAUUGCUUCGAAGCUGGGCGUGUCGCCGAUUCCGUUGUAUAGUGCAUCCAAAGCAGCGGGGGAUGCGCUGUCUUAUGCUAUGGCCAUGGAGCUCGGACGUGGAUAUGGAAUCACCAUCAACACAGUAGCGCCCGGACCUGUUCCAACAGAUGGUCUGCCUAAAGGCCCGGUGGCCGACGCAGUGCACAACUCUCUCAUACCCAUGACAAGGGCCGAAGAGAGAAUGGGGACCGUUGACGAUAUCGCCGAUGCGGUGCUGCUUCUUGCCUCGGAAAAGAGUCGAUGGAUCACGGGCCAGUUCAUCUCAGCGAGUGGUGGAAUCACGGGUGGAUAG